AUGGAUUUUAGAAAUAUCUCAACAACUCCAAAUCAAAUAGAUCAACAAUCGGUAUCAUCAUCACUAUCGACUACUUCAUUAAAUUCUACUCCAUUUCAUUUACAGCAACAACAACAACAACAACCUCAAAAAAAUUUCAGUAAUUUGGCAAAUCCAAAUCAAAGAUUAAAUUCAAUACCAUAUAUGAAUAAUACAAUAAAAUCAAAUGUUGUUGGUCCUUGGAUCGAACAACAAAAAAUAGAUUCAAAAGAAAUAGAAUUAAAUGAUAUACAAAAUCAAGAUAUAAUUGCAAAUGCUAUAGUUAUUAAAAAUAUUGCAUUUGCUAUAAAAAAGGAAAAUUUAUUAGAAUUAUUUACAACACUUAAUUUACCAACUCCAUAUGCAUUAAAUUAUCAUUUUGAAAAUGGAAUAUUUAGAGGAUUAGCAUUUGCUAAUUUUACUUCAACUGAUGAAACUUCAAUGGUUGUUAAUCAAUUAAAUGGUAGAGAAAUUGGUGGUAGAAAAUUAAGAGUUGAAUUUAAAAGACAACUUCCUCCUUUAGAAAGAGAAAGACUUGAGAGAAAAAAACGAGAAAAAAGAGGUCAAUUAGAAGAACAACAUCGGUCAUCAUCAACUGCAUCUUUAACUUCAUUAAUUUCUCAAGCAUCUACUACUGCUGCUACAGCUGCAAGUAGAACUAUGGGUAAAGAAAGGGUCAUUUUAGAUAUAAUAAAUUCCAAUAAAAUUAUACUCCCUGAAGUCAAUUUAAAUGAAGAAUAUAAUUUUCAAUUGUAUACACAAUUAAUUAUAUUUAAACAAACAAAAGAAUUAAGCGAAUUAACACUAAAUAAAUUGAACCUCAACAAUAUAAAAUUAAUGAAUUUAAAAGUACUAUUAAAUCAUCUUAAUUUAGAAGAAUAUGAAGAAAAUAAUUGGAUUAUAAUCACUAAAACAAAAGAAUUUAUACCACAACUGCCUCAUCAAUCAAUAAUAUCAACAAAUCAAUCACAUCCAGAAUUAUUAAGAUCACAAUCACAGUCUGCAUUAGCUUUACCAAGAUUGAGGCAACAACAAAAUUCAACUCCUAUUCAGCAACAACCACCAGCAGUACCUCAAAACUUUCAAUUAUUUCAACAACAACAACAACAACAACAACAACAACAACAACCACAAAGACCUUAUUCUCAACAUGGAUAUUAUCAACCACCUCCACAACAACAACAACAACAACAACCACCACCACCACAAUUUCAACAUUUACAUCAAUCUCAGAAUUUAUCAUCAAAUUCUUCAUCAGCAGCUGCUUUAUUAAGAUCAAGUAGUAAUAGAUCUUAUGUUGAUGUUAGAUCUACUCCACCAUUAAAUAGUUUUAAUCAACAACAACAACAACAACCACCAUCAAUAAAUGAUUCACCAAUUCAACAACAACAACAUUUUUAUAAUAUUUCCCAACCGCCACCACAACAAAGUGCAACAACUGCAAAUUCUUCAAAUCCUCAAACUCCAUUAACUGGUACAUCAAGAUUUCAACCAUUUGGUCAGCAUGUUACAUCAAGUUUUACAUCAUUACCACAAACAAGUAAUAAUAGUGGUGACGAAUAUAAUACAAGUAAUUCAGAUAGUUUAUCAUCAAAGUUAAAUACAAUUGGAUUAGGUAGAGAAACUCAUAAUAAUGGAAGUGGAUUUGUUGAAAAUACAAAUAAUGGAAUUUGGGGUCCAAAAUAA